GGCAGGUUAGGCUCUAGUCUCUAUAAUGUACAACACAAAACACCACCGUCCGUUCACAGUCUCUCUAGAAGCAGCCGGCGGACAACACCAUUUUACAAGCAUUAUUGUUUGUUUCGACCCUCUGUGUUUCUUCCGAGACUGACUGAGAACACGUCACAUUUAACGGGAAAAAUAUCAUUUUUGUUUGAAUUUUGAGGAUAACUCUCAACACCUGCCUUUGUUAGCAAGUUAGCCUCGCGGGUCCUUAAAGCCUCCUCAUCCUUAAUUCUCUCUCUCUGUUAUAUUCUGGUUUGUUUUGUUUUCUUUGACCCUUUAUUCAGUCAAACAGCAGUUGUAGCUAAACCCGUGCUAACGGAGCAGCUCUUUGUUCGUGGCUCGGAAAAAACACACCAGCACCGCCUUGCAGUGAUGAUGAGGAUGAUAAUGGUGAUGAAGAGGAGACAGAGCUGAGAGCUGAGUGUGUGUGGUUGUGUUGGCUUCACACUGGGAGCAGGAAACCCCCCCCCUCCCCCACACACACUGCAUCCAUGUUCUCCCCCGACCAGGAAAACAUCUCCACGUCGUCAACCAAAGUGCCAGUCAAAUAUGGAGAACUCAUUGUGCUUGGGUAUAAUGGCUCUCUACCCAACGGGGACCGCGGCAGAAGGAAGAGCAGGUUUGCACUCUUCAAAAGACCCAAAUCCAACGGCGUCAAACCCAGCACUGUACACGUAGCCUGCACUCCUCAGGCUGCCAAGGCCAUAAGUAACAAGGAUCAGCACAGUAUUUCCUACACGUUGUCCCGUGUACAGACAGUGGUGGUGGAGUACACUCAAGACAGCAAUACAGACAUGUUUCAGAUUGGCCGCUCAACUGAGAGUCCUAUAGAUUUUGUGGUGACCGACACGGUUCCCGGGAGUCAGAGCAACUCUGACACUCAGUCAGUUCAGAGCACCAUAUCUCGCUUCGCAUGCCGGAUCAUGUGUCAGCGAACACCCCCUUAUACCGCCCGCAUCUAUGCCGCCGGAUUCGACUCCUCCAAGAACAUCUUCCUAGGGGAGAAAGCAGCAAAGUGGAAGACAUCGGAUGGACAGAUGGACGGUCUGACUACUAACGGCGUGUUGGUAAUGCAUCCUCGCCUUGGUUUCACAGAGGACUCCAAACCUGGUGUGUGGAGAGAGAUUUCUGUGUGUGGAAACGUGUUCACCCUGAGAGAGACACGCUCUGCUCAGCAGCGAGGGAAAAUGGUGGAGAAUGAGACUCAAGAGUUAGUGGACGGGUCUCUGAUUGAUCUCUGCGGAGCGACUCUAUUGUGGCGUACAGCUGAAGGGCUUUCCCGCACUCCCACCGUCAAACACCUGGAGGCGCUCCGGCAAGAGCUGAACGCCGCUCGUCCCCAGUGUCCUGUGGGUUUCAACACCCUCGCCUUCCCCAGCAUGCGGCGGAAGGACAUCGUGGACGAGAAGCAACCCUGGGUCUACCUAAACUGCGGUCACGUUCACGGCUACCACAACUGGGGCAACCGCGAUGCAGAGCGAGAUGGAAGGGAAGGCCGUGAGCGGGAAUGUCCCAUGUGCCGCGCUCGUGGGCCGUACGUGCCACUGUGGCUGGGCUGCGAGGCAGGGUUUUAUCUGGAUGCGGCCCCUCCUACUCACGCAUUCAGUCCUUGCGGCCACGUGUGCUCAGAAAAAACAGCAGCAUAUUGGAGUCAAAUCCCUCUUCCUCACGGAACGCACACCUUCCACGCCGCCUGUCCUUUCUGCGCCCAGCAGCUCAGCGGCGAGCAGGGAUUCAUCAGACUGAUCUUCCAGGGGCCUGUGGACUAAACACACCUGCCUAUGACCGUUUACCCCAGGAACCCAAAUUGACAAACAUUAGUCAAGCAUUUCUUUGUUUUUCCUAGAAUUUGAUUUUAUAAAGAUGACAUUUUCUGCG